AUGAAGGGGCGUUCAGUUAUAUUAAUUGCUCACCGACUUUCAACUGUAGAAAAAGCAGAUAAAAUAGAAGGCAUUUAUCGUUCACUAGUUCAACGUCAAAUGAUUGGCGGUGGGGGGAAUGGAAAUAAUAAUGGAGGGGAUAUUAUUAUUGGAGGUGAUCCAACAACUUCGGCUAAUAUAGGGGUUGAGGAGGGAGGGGAAGAGAAUAACAAUAAAAAUUUAAAUGAUGGAAGGGAUUCGAUUACGUCUUUGGCUAGUGGUGGAGGAGGACGUAGAAGAUCCAGAAUUGGGCCUAGAAUUGUUGGAAGUAGUGGAUUGAGUAUUUCACCGAGAACUAUGGCUCAAACAUUGAUGGCUACAUCAUUUACACAUUCAACUUCAAGUCUUCAAUCGAAAUAA